CAGAGAUGAGAUUGCCCCCGUCCACAUCCAGACAUCAUCGUCUCCUCCGCCCCCUUCCUCUCCCCAAACCUUGUCCUGAUCCUAAACCCACCCUCCUUCCUAAUUUUCAAGAAAGAGAAGACAACCCAGAAUUUCGUUUUCAUACUUCGUUUCGUAUUUGUUUAUUUCGGCAGAGAGCUCAUCUGAAACUGUCAGGUAACGAACGACCGGUUUGGUUGUUAGCUACUCAUCGGACUGUACAAAAGGUUCAACCUUUGCGGCCCCCCUCCCUUAUAAACAAGAAGAUCGUGUAAUGAUUUAUGGUUUUGGCAACUAAUCUUGCAGCCUAAUUCUCACCAAAAGAAAUAAAGGAGACGGAGCCCUCCUCUGUCUCUCUUUCUCUCUAACGUAACAUCGGUCCUUCAGUGUCGCUGCCUUGUUCUUGUCCCGACUCUUUCCUCCUUUCUGCAUAGAUCUUGCCGCAGGCAAUGUUGGUGGCAUCAGCGUCGCCGGCCGUCGGAUCGCCCUGCCUCCGCCGGUCCCCUGGGAGGGGCCGCGGCCGCGGCGGGGCCCGUUUCGGGAUGACCGCCGCCCGAUCCUUGUCCGUCUCUGUGGUUCCCAUCUUGAAGAAGCUGCAGAGGGAGUGCGCCACCCCUCUGCCGGUCCUCCGCCACGUCGCGGACGCCAUGGCGGCCGAUAUGCGCGCGGGGCUUGCCGCCGACGGCGGGAGCGAUCUCAAGAUGAUUCUCAGUUACGUUGACAGCUUGCCCAGGGGGAAUGAGAAGGGGUUGUUUUAUGCUCUGGAUCUCGGGGGGACAAACUUCCGGGUGUUGAGAGUUCAGUUAGGUGGGGAGGAAGACCGUGUAGUUGCCACUGAAUUUGACCAAGUGACCAUCCCUCAAGAGCUCAUGUUUGGCACCUCGGAGAAACUCUUCGACUUCAUUGCUUCCGGUCUCGGGAAGUUCUCAAACAAGGAGGGUGGAAAAUUUCACUUGCCGCCUGGGAGAAAGAGGGAGAUAGGGUUCACAUUUUCCUUCCCCGUGAAGCAGAUUUCAAUAGACUCUGGCAUACUAAUCAAAUGGACGAAGGGGUUUGCAGUCUCGGGCACGGCUGGGAAAGAUGUCGUUGCAUGCUUGAAUGAAGCAAUGGAGAGACGAGGAUUAGAUAUGCGUGUCUCUGCCCUGGUGAAUGAUACGGUUGCAACAUUAGCUGGAGCCAGGUAUUGGGACAAUGAUGUUAUGGUUGCUGUUAUUUUGGGUACCGGUACCAACGCUUGCUAUGUGGAAAGGACAGAUGCUAUUCCCAAGCUAGAUGGCCAUGUUUCUACUUCUGGGCGAACAAUUAUCAACACUGAAUGGGGAGCAUUCUCGAAUGGCCUUCCUUUGACCGAGUUUGAUAGAGAAAUGGACGCAGCGAGUAUUAACCCCGGUGAGCAGAUAUAUGAGAAGACAAUAUCUGGAAUGUAUCUCGGUGAAAUUGUGAGGCGAGCUCUAGUGAAGAUGGCUGUAGAAGGUGCUCUGUUUGGAAAAUCUAUACCGCAUAAACUAUUGACUCCUUUUCUUCUCAGGACACCGGAUCUAUGCGCAAUGCAGAAAGACGAGUCCGAUGAUCUGCAGAAAGUGGGGUCGGUCCUAUAUGAUGUAGCCGGAGUGGAGUCCAACCUCGGUGCGAGGAAAGUCGUUGUGGAAGUCUGCGACACCAUCACCAAGCGAGGCGGCCGGUUAGCUGGCGCGGGAAUCGUGGGAAUCCUGCAGAAGAUGGAAGAGGACUCGAAGGGUCUCAUAUUCGGGAAGAGGACGGUCGUGGCCAUGGACGGAGGGUUGUACGAGAAGUAUUCCCAAUACAGGGGAUACAUGCACGGCGCCGUCACGGAGCUUCUGGGGACCGAGCUAUCGAGAAACUUGGUGAUAGAACAUUCAAAGGACGGGUCGGGCAUCGGAGCUGCUCUCUUGGCUGCUGCAAACUCAAAUUACGAGCACGACUUCUAGAGUCAGACGGCCCGAUCGCUUCGACGUGUCAUUGCAGCAUUUUUGUUCUUUCAUGUUUGAUUGAGAUUUGGUACAUGGAAUUUUUGGUAGGUCGAAUGCCUGGACGAAGAAUAAUAACAAUGGAUGGAAUAAGAGAAACUGAACUUAGAAAGAGACUGUUUCAGUAGAGGAUUGUGUAAUAUAAUGCAGAGGCAAGAAGCACUGCUUUUCAGAUUCA